AAAUGCAUCGUAUACUGAUAAAGCCACACAGGCGCGCGUUGAUGACGACAUAUGUGUCAAUUUACCCUUCUUCCCUACUUCGACUUUGAGAUUCAAACAUGGCGUUGAAUCAUCUGAGGCUGCUGCAGCCUCUCCUGUGCCGCUCCCUGAUCUCCCGAUCUCGUCUCGUGGUCACCGCCGUGGUCAAUGUCAGACCUUCAGCCUGCACUGGCACCGUCCAUCUCCCUGCUGCUGCAUGCAGGUUCUACGGCACCAAAAAAGAUAAGGCAAAGGGUCCCUCGGCUAAAGUGAACAUUAAAUCUGCUUUGGUGGAAGAUAUCAUCGACCUUGAAGAAUUGAAAGAGGAGAUGGCGGCUGUUGUCUAUGCGCUCAAAGAUGACUUCACGCGCAGCCUCAGCAUUCGAACCUCACCAGGGGCUCUGGAUCACAUUAUAGUGGUGACCUGCGAUGGGAAGUUUCCCCUCAACGAGUUGGGUCAGAUCUCCAUGAAGUCAUCUCACCUCCUCAUCGUCAACAUGAGCAACUUUCCUGAAGCUGUAACGGCGGCCACCCGUGCCCUGAGAGAGUGCAGCAUGAACCUGAACCCAGAAGUGGACGGGACGAUUAUCAAAGUGGCCAUUCCCAAAGUGUCACGAGAACACAGGGAGAACCUCGCCAAGCUCGCCAAGCAGCUUAGCAACAAAGCUAAAGAAUCGCUGAGGUCGGUGCGCUCCAACGCCGUCUCCCAGGUGAAAAAAUCUAAAGAAGGGCACUCAGAGGAUAUUCUGCGACUCAUAGAGAAGCAGAUCCAGCAGAUGACGGAUGAUGUUACAGCGGAAAUCGACAAGCAGCUCGCAGUAAAGACAAAGGAGCUGUUGGGCUAAAAGCCAGAUGUUAGAAGCAAAAAUAGCAGGUUUUCAGUUUGGUAUUUCCAUAUUGCUCAGUAGACACAACACAAUAGCGACAACUUUUAUAUGUGCCGGUUUGAAACAAGCCCUGAAUGACUCUGAAACCUAAACUAGGUUCUCGAAGCGACUUCCUCAGAAUAUGGCAUCUCUUCACGACUGCAUUGUUGGUGCUCGAUGCCGCUGCAUUUAGCCACGUUAAGUGCACCCACAGACGUUUGCACGGAAAUAACGACAGACCGCCCGUCACUUCCCUCCACCCUUGUUGCUCUUCCCGUCUUCAAACAAACACAGAGGAAGGGACGAAUGGACUUUUAAUAGGAUUUGCGGGCCUCCUCCUAAUCAAACUCCUUGCCACAGGGGUUGUCUGUUUACAGAACCCAAGCGCACCCGUCUGAAUGUAAACUGGCUGCAGGUUUGUCUUCGUCCCAGAGAUGUGGAAGUUCACGAGCAGAUAUUGUUAGCAUGUUUGCAAACAUUUGUUUCGCAUUGAUUCUGUAAAGGAUGCACGAGGCAGAAAAAACAUCUCUUCUAGUCUUGAUUUAGGAUUAAAUCUCUAUUUAGGAAACAAUCAAAUCAAGAAAGUGACAUUAUUGAUGGUCUCCAUUAAAGAUACUCUGCUUUGAAGCCUAAUGCGUCAUCUUGACUGCCAUGUUUUCCUUUCAUUUUAUUCAGUUCUGUUUUGAAGUCCCCCCCUCUCCUUCAUUAGCUGGAGUGAUAAUGGACUUUUCCUGUGCACGGACCUCAUUGCCCUGGCUGUAGGAGCCACAGUUGUCCAUUAGGGAAAGGGGCUUUUAAUGUUGUGCACUUAGUCUCCUUUGACUUUAAAUAGACGCACUUCUAAAGGCGCAGUUAAGAAAAUCCCAGCAUGAGGAGCGUUUCAGAACCAAGUCACUUCCAAGAAAUGUUGGAGACUUGCCGAGCACCAAACACUCCUGUAGUUGCAGUACUUUUGAAAAAUUAUUUUUAUAGUUACAUUGUUCGUACCAUUGUUACGAUUUGCCCAAACUCUGAUUUGGAAUGUUUAAACCAAAUCGUCUGUUUUUUUUUUAUUUUUAUUUUUUUUUACUCCAUUUAGGAAGCCUUUCUUUUUUUCAAAUUUGAUCUUCCGUGCUUCUUGCAUGUUGCAUUCAAACAAGCACUUCCUCUAAAGGCUUUGCUUAAAUGGCCUAAAGAGGCCGGAGUCAUUGGAUAAACAAGAGUUUAGCGGAGGAGUGGCUGGGCUGGGGCAGAGGAGGGUGGGGUGGAAAUGGCAGGUUUUCGCGGUGAUUCUAGGUCCAUAUGUCAGCAAUUUGAGGGCAUUGUGUAUCUUGGCCUAAAACAGAGGCUUCAUGAUCGAUGGAGGGGUGAAAAUCUCCCCAAGUCUCUGGCGCAGAGCGCAGGCAAGCAGGAGGAAAUUGCUUUCAGCUGAUACCUUCAUUUCAGUUGACAUUUAUCAAGUGAAUUACCCCUGUUCCUUUCAAAUGUUUACUACCACUACGAGCACCGCCCUUUUUUUUUAGGUACUUGUGUUUGCGUGUGUCCGUGUGUUGCAGACUGCAUUUGUCUGCAAGUGAGAACGCAGCAGAGGUUUAUUCUUAGUUGAUGUUUUGUUGUGUCCUUUGGCGAUUCCUCAAAAUAAUAUACAGGAAGAAAUUAGUUCAGUAAACGUUGGAUUUGAAAGGAGAGACCUUUAUGUGCAUUAAGGAAAAGAAGAAAAAAAGUCGAUUUUUCUUGAAAGAAAAAACAUUAUCUAUGUUGAAUCAGUGAUCUGACUUUAAUAUAAACACAGUUGCUCCAACAGUUUAUCUCUCAUUUUGCUGAAAAGAAAAUGAUUUAAAAAAAAUUCCAUAUCAAAUAUUUUUGAAUGUAAGACUCUCAUAAGCUUCUAAAACUAGAAACUCUCUUAAACCUCAAAAAAUAUUGUAUCAUUCUUCCUUUAUUUCACAAGCUAUUUUAUAGAUUUAAAAUCAACAUAAAACAUACAAGAACAAUUUAGUAUAAAAAAAAGGGGCAAAAGACAAAACUUCACUAGAAAAAUGAAGUUUACCAUCUAGACGGUAACCACAAUCAAACCAUGCAGACAAUAAAAACUCAAAUUGAGUAGAUCCAGUAAAGCUUUGAUGAUCUAUUGAGGAAACCUCCUAAUGUUCUCUCUCUGAUAAGUCCUGUGUUGCUGGUUUAAAUUACUUUGUAAGGAAUUGGAAGCAGCAUGACACUGGCAGACGUCUGACCAAUCAUCGCAAAGUCAUAAAGGAUGACUGAAAGCAGUAUCUUUUCAAAUAGUCUUUAACCAAACCAAACCAUCUGCAUGGUGCAUUCAAACAAGACUGCACUCCAGGUUUGAAACCUCCUUGACCAAAUCAUCUACAUGCCGGUUUUUUCCAUUGGAUUACACUGAUACUAGCAGAAGUUCCUUUUCUUUCCGUCUUCUUGUUGAUCAUGUGACCAGCCCAGUGGAUUAACACUGGGGCUCUGCUUUCCAUACCUGAAGUUAACAUUUCUUUGUCAUCUCGUUUUAUCUGGGAAAAUCUGCAGACCAUCCACUAAAUAUUGUUUCAGAUUAACGCAUCGUAUUUAACUAUUUCUUACACAACACCUUCAUUUCCAUCACUUUAGAUCUUCUUUGGUUUAAUUUAGUUAUUUUCAGAUAGAUAAUCCAAAACAUCUAAGUGCAAGUAUGUUCCUCAAUGUAAGUCAUUUCGACCAGACCACAACUGCAGCCUCAUGGGUACAACCUAAUGCAAGUUUGAACUUUGCAGUGCUAAAAAUGUCAGCAUCCUAAAGACAUAACCUGCUGAUUUGACACUUUUUUCUUUAAAAUAAAAUCAACCAGAUUAUUAAUUUCCCUUUUUGUUUGUAAAAUAUGUUCCAAAAGCUACUUUAAGCCAAACACCCUAAACACAAAGGCAAUACAGCACUGGCUGCACUGACAUGACUGUCAUGUCAGCACUGAUCAAAAUGCCGCCUUUGACUCUGUGGGUCAUGAUAUUGUUAACAAAUUAUUAGUUUGUAGGAUUGAAAGACUUUCUUUCAAGAAUCAGAGAUUGAUUAUUGGACCACUGCUUUUCUCUUUAUCUCUCUGGGAGUGUACACACCAAGAUCCUUUCAUCCUCUGUCAUAGGAAGAAGUGCUAAAGGUGUUAAGUUGUUCCUGACAAGAGUUUUACCAAGAAUCCAGAAAACCGACCGCAUCACUCCUGUUCUCAUACCUUAGCACUGCCUAACAGUUACCCGCAGCAUCAAUUUUAAAAUACUAUCACUAGUUUUUAAAUCGCUCUGUCAGUUGCAGAAGUACACUUCUCAUUGCCUGGUUUUAUACAAACUAGUCAGGUUUCUGAGAUCAAUAGAAAACCAUUAAGCAAUAGGGUAAGAACCAAGCUAGUUUAGUCUACUUUUAAACAAUAAAAAGAUCCAAACUGAAGACUCUGCUGUUUUUCUUUUUUCGUGCCUUUAUUUUUCUGUUUUAUGGUCUGCUCUUUAUUCUCGUUUGUCUUUUUAAGGUUUAAAAGCUUCUUUUGCUUUCCCGCGUUUUUGUAAACCCAUUUCAUGCAUUCUAUGUAUAAUGAAUACAGCAUCAAUAAAUCUCCUUUUGCUUUUGAAA